AUGUACCUGUUUUCUAUAUACUUAAUUCAAAAUGAAGAUAGAGAGGGAGGGUUUACCUACUCGCAUUACUCUUUCUGAAUAAGUACAGACUCUCAUCUUAUUUUUAGAGUGACCAGCUGCUGGCAGAAGUCAUGCCACAAUACCCUGAAAUCAAGUUACACUUCAAUGUGUUGGGCAUUUGCAAAGAGACGGAUCUCCUCUGUGGACUCCAUGUAAACAGCCAGAAGAUUCAGGAUUACCGCAAAAUAACUGCAUUAGAGCAAUAAUGGGUUUUAUUGUUUUACUGCUUCUGAUCCCAGCUGCGAUCUGCUCACCAGUGUUACUUCCAGUUGACUGCAAUGACGUGUACAACAGAGGUUCUGGUAAUAGUGGGGUUUACAGCAUCUUCCCAGGAGGACCGCUCUCCUCUGUCCAGGUCUACUGUGACAUGGGCUGUCAGGACGAACCUGAUGGUGGUAAAUGGACAAUCCUCCAGAGAAGAAAGGAUGGCACCAUCAACUUUUAUCGUGGAUGGGACCAGUACAGAGCUGGAUUUGGACAAGCAUCUGGAGAAUACUGGUUGGGUCUGGAGAACAUCUAUCUCCUAACUAAAAGUAAGAGCUAUGAGCUGAGGAUAGAAAUGGCAGACUUUGAAGGGGCAAAGGCUUUCGUCCACUAUUCCUCGUUCACCGUGGGUCCAGAGCACGAGGGCUACACACUCACCUUCAGUGGCUUCAAAGAUGGAGGAGCUGGAAAUUCCCUGAGUGAACAUAACAGUCAGAAGUUUUCUACAUUUGACAAGGACCAGGACACUUAUUCUUCAAACUGUGCCAAGGUCUACCUCGGCGGAUGGUGGUACGGAGAAUGUCACAGCGUUAAUCCUAAUGGUCUUUACUUGUGGGGCAGCUCAGCCUAUGGGAUAGGAAUCAAUUGGCGUGCUUGGAAAGGAUAUGAGUACUCAUUGAAAGAAAUUACAAUGAAGAUAAAACCCAAACUGUAAUAUUAAUGAUGAGCUAAUAACCCAUUGAUCAUGUGAUGCAUGACCGAAGGAAAAAUCCAUGACAUUUUGGUGUGGAUCCGUAUCCGGAUUUGUUUUCCGCUUUCUCUUUGGAACAGAUAGAACUUAGAUAGGUAAUUUUGAUAUGGUUUCAUUAGGGGACUGUAAGGGAAAUGUAACGUGUUGACCACAAUAUGAUCAUAUUUAUUUCCCCUUUGAUUGAUCAUGAUUGAAUCUCAUACAAUGUAACCUUGAUCAUGCUGUAUCCUGUACUACUGAAUGAAUCUUGGCCUGAUUGCUUGAACUAAGGCAUUGUUGUUUUCAUGUCAUCAGAAGAUCCAAACCUUUGUCUUUGUAGCAACCCCAAGCAGAGUGGGAGGGGUGAGCCAAAUGUUUAAAGACAAAGAACUGUUUCCCAUCGGGUGCAUAGCCUGUCUGUUAAUAGGAUAGGAUAGAUAAAAUGUAUUCCUUAGUUAACCGGUUUUGCAACAACAGUAAAACAAAUCGUCGAUUCAAUUAAUGAGAGUAGAAAAUCCUGCAAAAGAGUGCAUGUACUUCACUUUUCUGUCAUUACACAGUAUUCAUUUUUACUAGUGUGCAGAGAGUUUGAAAGCUUUAUAAUAUUGCUCAGGGAGACAUACUUCAUGUACACACUUACAGUACACAUUACAUUACUAUUAUCACUGUAGUUACUGUUUCACACAGAUAACAGAAACAUGCUCACUCAAACCUGUGUCCCCUCACAGCUGGACGUCAUUCUCAAAGAAUAGCGACAACAACUUGCAUGCACAGUCAGUCACUGUCUCCUUCGGAAUAACAUCUACAGUGUUUGCAACCCGACAGCCAAGUCAUAAUUUCUCUCCUCCUCUUCGCCGCAGCACUCGAAGCAAAGCCAGAGUAGCAUUGACCACACGGUCGUGUUUAAAGAUCAUCUUGUGAAAGGUUUCCAGAGGCAGGCGGCCGGUUGGAUCUGCAUGUUUCAGUGCAGUCAUGGGCAUGUACAGGCGGUUGGUCUGGUGGCGCAGAGGAGGUUCCUUGGCUGUGAUGACUUUAACUGUUUGCUGCAGGAUAAUAGUACAAAUAUUACCACACAUGAUGGAUUUUCACUUGUUUUCGUGACUUUUAAAAAAUCAAAUAGAAAAACAAUUACGUGGCUUUACAUCACUUGCCUCGGCCACUUCUGCCGGUGUCUGGCCUAAUGAGGCAAAGACCUUUUUCGAGUAUGGCAGGUAAACUUCAUGGAAGAUUUUGGCCGUCUCUUCGUCUGUCCCUGAUAGAUCCAUCGCCUCGGCAUCUUCGUACACUUUCCUUUCAAACUCCGUCACCACAGGGCCAGGUUCCACAAGAGUCGUCCUUGUGACAGUGGAAAUUUCACGUCACGCAUAUUUUACCAUGCUUUUAACAUUGUCAGCUUACUGAUGACUUAUGGUUUGGAUGAGUGUGUGCAUUAAACAUGAGGACAUGGGAUUACUUGAUGUUAAACUUCAAUGCCUGCACUGCCAGACUUUCACAAAAUCCUUCCACAGCAAAUUUAGAGGCAGAGUAGACGUCAUUGAA